UCGCUCAUCCGCCACCACGACGAAACCCAAUCGGAAUCACACAAACCCUAAAUGUGUUAAACCCCCUCACUCACUCACUCAACUGAUCCAUCAAUGGCGUCGCAAAUGGCGAUCCUGUGUCGAACUCGCUCUCUUCUCGCCAAAACAACCGCCUUCAAAACCAUCACAACGUUCCCAUUCCUCUCGCAGGAGCCUCAGAUGGUAGAAGCCUCCGAACCCGUCGCUCCCUCCGCCGCCACGUCACUCCCUCCGAAUCCAGCCUCCGGUAGCCCCCUCUACAACGAGAACUGGCGUAGCCCCAAUCCUCCCUCAGUCUCCCACACUCUCAUCCCACUAGGGCUCUUCAAUAGCGCCCAUUCCCCUCACACCUACGAUUCCAACUCUCUCUUGAACCUCUUCGGCGAUUGGAUGACCUCGCAGAGCUGGCACGAUGUUAAGCACAUGUUCGAGGCCUGGGUUCGCUCACUCGAUAAAGAUGGAAAGCCCAACAAGCCCGAUGUCAACCUCUUCAACCAUUAUCUCAGGGCUAAUUUGAUGAUCGGAGCCACCGCCGGCGAGUUACUCGACCUCGUCGCUCAGAUGGACGACUUCAACAUCUCCCCCAAUACGGCUUCGUUUAAUUUGGUCCUCAAGGCUAUGCACCAUGCAAAUGAGGGCGUUGCUGCUGAGAAAUUGCUCGAACGGAUGCUGCAGACUGGAAAUGAAUCUCUCCCUGAUGCUGAAUCAUAUGACUUGGUCAUUGCAAUGCUCUUUUCGACUGACCGGAUUGAUGCUGCAUUCAAAUAUAUAGAUUUAACUUUGAAGUCUGGUUACAUGUUGUCGAUGAACGUAUUUAUGGACUGUGUGAAGAGUUGUGCCAAAAAGGGCAGGCUCGAUACAUUGGUGACAAUAAUUGAAAGGUGCAUGACAACAGAUCAAAACAAAGCUCUUUGCCCCUCCUGGAACUUGUGCUAUUAUUUAGCCGAAAUUGCAAUUCGUGAGGAUAAUAGCAAGUUAGCUUUUCAUGGGCUGGAGUUUUUGUCUAGAUGGAUUGUAAAGGGUGAACGUAUGAGACCCCCUGUGUUGCUAUCUGUGGAUGAAGGUUUAGUUGUGUCAGCUCUUGUGACUGCAGGUAGAACCUAUAAUUCUGAGCUGGUAGGGAAAGCAUGGUCUGUUUUGAAUCGCUCAUUGCGUAAAAAGAAAGUUCCUAAUCCAGAAUCAUAUCUUGCAAAGAUAUAUGCUCUUGCAUCAUUGGGAAGUCUAAAAGAGGCUUUUGAAACUCUGCAUAAAUAUGGGGCUGUUUAUGGAGAUUCCAGUCAAGAAGCUGAAGACUUGUUCUGUCCAUUUACUUCUUUAAAUCCAUUGGUUGUGGCAUUCUCCAAGAAGGGUUUUGAGACUUUGGAUCUUGUUUAUUUUCAACUGGAGCAUUUAAGCCGUGAAGAGAACUAUAGAUCUGUUCCUGCACUAAACUGCAUCAUUUUAGGAUGUGCAAACAUAUGGGACCUUGAUCGUGCUUACCAAACUUUUGAAUCAAUUGGAUCUACUUUUGGGUUGACCCCUGAUAUUCAUUCAUACAAUGGGCUGAUGUAUGCCUUUGGGAAGCUCAAGAAGACACAUGAAGCUUCAAGGGUGUUUGAGCACCUAGUGAGUUUGGGUCUUAAGCCUAAUGCAAAAUCAUAUUCACUCCUUGUUAAUGCCCACCUGAUUAACCGGGAUGUCAAAUCUGCUCUGGCAGUGAUCGAUGAUAUGAUAGCUGCUGGAUUUGAACCAUCAAAAGAGACACUAAAAAAGGUCAGAAGGCGAUGCAUGCGAGAGAUGGACUAUGAAAGUGAUGACCGAGUGCAAUCAGUUGCUAAAUCUCUGAAUUACCGAAUGGGUUCAGAUGGCCGGCGGGACAUGCUGUUCAAUCUUGAUUACAGUAUGGAUUAUGCUUGAAUGGGGCACUUGUCAUUGAUGUUGAAAUGAAUUAUUUAAGCUAAUCGGCAAAUCUUAUAUUGCAUCCAUUUCCGUGGGGAAUCCCUGUAUGUAUAUUAGUGGAUGUUACUUAGGUUUGCCGUAGCAGGAUGAUGUAAGGAUAGCUUCCUGCAAUCUUCAUUUUUGUAUUUGUGUUUAUGAGGCGGGGAGGGGGUUGAAGAUGCAAUUGGCUUUCUUGGGGAAAACUGGGGGCAGUGACUUUUCCAGCAAAGUUAUUUGAAAUAAUUGUAGGACAGAUCCAAUUUCCGUAGGAUAGAUAUCAGGGCAGACAUUUACUUCUCUCAUUGUUCUUGAUUCAUUUUUUUUUUUUUUGGCUCUUCUAUUUUUAAUAACUUAGUGCUGCCAACGACUAGAAGUUGCAAGGAUUUGGAAACCUUAGUUAAAGAACUACAGGUCUGCUGCAUGUAUGGAGCUGUGGUUGUAUUAAAUUCUACUGCAAAUAAUGGUCACAUUUUCAAGUUUUGAUAAUGUCUAAAAUUACUGGAUUUAAAAAAAUAUAUUGAAGGAA